GCGGAAGGAGGGGGUGUCAAAACUUAGGGAAGCGACUCUGGACUGCCUAGUAUUUCCCAGAAUCGGCCAGGUCCCACUUUGAGGAUGGCGCUGUUUCGGGGAGCCAGCGCCCCGGACCCGGACGAUGUCAGGCCUCUCAAACCGUGUCUGCUACGCCGCAAUCACAGCCGUGAUCAGCACGGCGUGGCAGCCUCCAGUCUCGAGGAGCUGAGGAGCAAAGCCUGUGAACUACUGGCCAUUGACAACUCCCUGACACCGAUCACCCUGGUCCUGGCCGAGGACGGGACAAUAGUGGACGAUGAAGACUAUUUCCUCUGCCUCCCUUCCAAUACGAAGUUUGUGGUGUUGGCCUGCAAUGAGAAGUGGACAUACAGCGAUUCGGAUGGAGGAACAGCUUGGGUUUCCCAAGAGUCCUUUGAAGCGGAUCAAACGGACAGCGGGGCAGGGGUGAAGUGGAAGAAUGUGGCCAGGCAGCUGAAAGAGGACCUGUCCAGCAUCAUCCUGCUAUCAGAAGAGGACCUCCAAGCACUCAUCGACAUCCCGUGUACAGAGCUGGCACAGGAACUCUGCCAGAGCUGCGCCACUGUCCAAGGGCUGCAGAGCACGCUCCAGCAGGUGCUUGACCAGCGAGAGGAAGCCCGCCAGUCCAAGCAGCUCCUGGAACUCUAUCUCCAGGCCCUGGAGAAAGAGGGCAACAUCUUAUCCAACCAGAAAGAGUCCAAAGCUGCCCUCAGUGAAGAGCCGGAUGCAGUUGACACAGGCAUCAGCAGAGAGACGGCUUCAGACGUGGUGCUCAGAAGCCAGAUCCUUACUGCACUGAAGGAGAAGCCUGCUCCAGAGCUGAGUUUAUCUAGUCAGGAUUUGGAGUCGGUCUCCAUGGAGGACCCCAAAGCCCUGGCUGUUGCUCUGAGCUGGGACAUAAAGAAGGCAGAGACAGUGCAGCAGGCCUGUGCCGCGGAACUCGCCCUGCGCCUGCAGCAAGUGCAGAGCUUGCAUUCACUCAGGAAUCUCUCUGCACGGAGGAACCCACUACCUGGGGAACCGCAGAGGCCCAAACGAGCCAAACGAGACCUCUCAUAGCCAAUCCGGAAACAAGCUUUGCGAGAGCCGUGGUUCUGCAGUCAGUAAACACCUUUCCAGUGGUCUCCUUACCGCCUACACUUCCCCUCCACCCCUUGCCCCGCGGUGUGCUCUCCUAGCUCCUGAAAGCCGGUCCGUGGCUGUGCAUACGCACCCCCUCUACCUCCUGUUAAUGUACUGGGACUUCUGUUUUGUUUUCCUAUCUGAAGGAGUGUUUGCCUGCAUGUAUGUCUGUGUACCUCAUGUCCAUGAAGGCCAGAAGAGAACGUCAGGUCCCCUUGGAACUGGAGUUACAGACAGCUCUCAGCAGCCAUGUAGGUGCUGGGAAUUGACUCUGGGUGUUCUAGAAGCGUGGCCAGGCCUCUCAGCCACUGAGCCGUCUCUCCAGCUCCCCGAAUGUGCCUAGCGUGUGUUAGGCCUUAGGUUCCAGGGAAAGUACUGGGCAAGGGCAGUGAAAACCUGUCGUAUACUUUGGACUUGAUGUCCUUACUCUACAACUUGAACAAUAGAGCUUUAGACACGCAAUGGUAGAGAAAAGGCGCCCAGCAGCAGCGAUCACCCGUGAACUUACUUCUAGAGUUAUUAAAUGCGGCCGGGCAGUGGUGGCACACGCCUUUAAUCCCAGCACUUGGGAGGCAGAGGCAGGCGGAUUUCUGAGUUUGAGGCCAGCCUGGUCUACAGAGUGAGUUCCAGGACAGCCAGGGCUACACAGAGAAACCCUAUCUCG